AUGGUGAUUUCAUGGAUUCUCAACACUUUAUCACAUGAAAUAAGAGGUAGUGUGAUAUAUUAUGCAACAGCACAACAAUUAUGGAACGAUCUAUCUGAACGAUUUGGUCAAUCAAAUGGAGCAAGACUGUAUCAAUUACAAAAGAGUUUGGGAGAGAUUUCUCAAAGUAACAGUGAUAUAGCCUCAUAUUUUACCAAAUUAAAGAGUGUUUGGGAUGAAUUAGGGGUUUUAAAUCUUCUUCCAUCAUGUACUUGUGGUGUUUCACAAGAUUUUGCAAAAAGAGAAGAGGAUCAAAGAUUGUUUCAAUUCCUUAUGGGUCUGAAUUCAAACUAUGAUAAUGUUAGACGUACAAUUUUGAUGAUGAAACCUAUUCCUUCUAUUAGACAAGCAUAUGCCCAGUUAGUACAAGAUGAAAAACAAAGGGAAAUUCAUGCUAGUACUCAAUUUGUCAGUGAAUCAGCAGCCAUGAAUGUUAGCAACACCAACAGAUUCCAGAAUAAUAAGAGUGUUGAAGAAACAGUGAUCUAA